UGGAGCUAGGCCGGAGUAGCUCUUAAGGCCGGCAGUGGGGAGGCGGAGGGAAGCCGUAGCCAUGGCGGUGGCUGUGGCUGGGGUCGGAGCUGUAAACGGGACGGAGCUAGGCCCCGCGGAAGAGCUCGCCAAACUCGAGUAUCUGUCUUUAGUGUCGAAGGUGUGCACAGAGCUGGACAAUCACUUGGGGAUCAACGACAAGGAUCUGGCUGAAUUUGUGAUCAGUCUUGCUGAGAAAAAUACCAGCUUUGAUACUUUUAAGGCUUCUCUGGUCAAAAAUGGUGCAGAAUUCACGGAUUCUCUUAUUAGUAACUUGCUGCGUCUCAUACAAACCAUGCGGCCUCCAGCAAAGCCUUCUACUAGCAAAGAUCCAGUUGUUAAACCCAAAACUGAAAAAGAAAAGCUGAAGGAGCUCUUCCCCGUCCUUUGCCAACCAGACAACCCUUCUGUUCGGACCAUGCUGGAUGAGGAUGACGUGAAGGUCGCUGUGGAUGUCCUCAAAGAGCUGGAGGCCUUGAUGCCCAGUGCAGCGGGCCAGGAGAAGCAACGAGACGUUGAGCACCGGGACAAGACAAAGAAAAAGAAGCGGAGCCGGAGCCGAGACCGAGAGCGAGACCGCGAUCGAGAGCGAGAGCGAGACCGUGACCGCAGUAGAGACCACAAGCGGAGACACCGGUCCCGCUCUCGAUCACAUUCCAGGACCCGGGAGAGGAAUAAAGGGAAGUCUAGGUAUCGGUCCAGGAGCAGAAGUCAGAGUCCCCUCAAAGACCGGAAGGACCGAGACAAGUAUGGGGAGAGGAAUGUGGACAGAUGGCGAGACAAGCACGUGGACCGCCCUCCCCCAGAAGAGCCUGCCAUCGGGGACAUUUACAACGGCAAAGUUACCAGCAUCAUGCAGUUUGGGUGCUUUGUGCAGCUGGAGGGACUGAGGAAGCGGUGGGAAGGGCUGGUGCACAUCUCUGAGCUCCGGCGGGAAGGCCGCGUGGCCAAUGUGGCUGAUGUGGUGAGCAAAGGCCAGAGGGUCAAGGUCAAGGUGCUGUCUUUCACUGGGACCAAGACCAGCCUGAGCAUGAAGGAUGUGGAUCAAGAGACCGGAGAAGAUCUAAACCCAAAUCGACGACGAAAUCUUGUUGGGGAGACCAAUGAGGAGACCUCAAUGAGGAAUCCUGACAGACCCACUCACCUCUCCCUCGUCAGUGCCCCCGAAGUAGAGGAUGACUCACUGGAGCGCAAGCGCCUCACCCGCAUCUCUGACCCAGAGAAGUGGGAGAUCAAACAGAUGAUUGCUGCCAAUGUCCUUUCCAAAGAAGAGUUUCCAGACUUUGAUGAAGAGACCGGCAUUCUCCCUAAAGUAGAUGAUGAAGAAGAUGAGGACCUUGAGAUCGAACUGGUUGAGGAAGAGCCUCCAUUCCUGAGAGGACACACCAAGCAAAGCAUGGACAUGAGCCCUAUUAAAAUCGUUAAGAACCCUGAUGGCUCCCUCUCCCAAGCAGCAAUGAUGCAGAGUGCUUUGGCCAAAGAAAGACGGGAACUCAAGCAGGCCCAGCGGGAAGCCGAGAUGGAUUCUAUUCCCAUGGGACUCAACAAACACUGGGUUGAUCCUCUGCCUGAUGCGGAAGGCAGGCAGAUUGCUGCCAAUAUGAGGGGUAUUGGGAUGAUGCCCAAUGACAUUCCUGAGUGGAAGAAACAUGCCUUUGGGGGCAAUAAAGCUUCUUAUGGAAAAAAGACACAGAUGUCAAUCAUUGAGCAGAGAGAGAGUCUGCCCAUCUACAAACUGAAGGAGCAGCUGGUCCAGGCUGUUCAUGACAAUCAAAUCCUGAUUGUUAUUGGAGAGACAGGAUCUGGGAAGACAACGCAGAUCACUCAGUACCUGGCGGAGGCGGGCUACACUUCCAGGGGCAAGAUUGGAUGUACCCAGCCCAGAAGAGUGGCAGCCAUGUCGGUGGCCAAAAGAGUGUCAGAGGAAUUUGGUUGUUGCUUAGGCCAGGAGGUGGGCUACACCAUUCGAUUUGAGGACUGCACCAGCCCCGAAACAGUCAUCAAGUACAUGACAGAUGGUAUGUUGCUCCGAGAGUGCCUGAUUGACCCCGACCUCACUCAGUAUGCGAUCAUCAUGUUGGAUGAGGCACACGAGAGAACAAUUCACACUGACGUGCUCUUUGGAUUGUUGAAAAAGACGGUUCAGAAACGGCAGGACAUGAAGCUGAUUGUCACCUCAGCCACCUUGGAUGCAGUGAAGUUUUCUCAAUACUUCUAUGAAGCUCCCAUCUUCACCAUCCCAGGUCGAACAUACCCAGUGGAAAUAUUGUACACAAAGGAGCCUGAGACAGACUAUCUGGAUGCCAGCUUGAUCACUGUCAUGCAGAUCCAUUUAACAGAACCACCAGGUGAUAUCCUGGUCUUCCUGACUGGUCAGGAAGAGAUCGAUACUGCCUGUGAGAUCCUGUAUGAAAGAAUGAAAUCCCUGGGACCUGAUGUUCCAGAGUUGAUUAUCCUCCCAGUGUACUCUGCUCUUCCCAGUGAGAUGCAGACCCGAAUCUUUGACCCAGCUCCACCUGGCAGCAGAAAGGUCGUGAUUGCCACCAACAUUGCCGAGACGUCGCUGACUAUUGAUGGCAUUUACUAUGUGGUGGACCCUGGAUUCGUGAAACAGAAAGUUUACAAUUCCAAGACAGGGAUCGACCAGCUCGUGGUGACUCCAAUUUCUCAGGCUCAGGCAAAGCAACGAGCUGGCAGAGCUGGGAGAACAGGCCCAGGGAAGUGUUACCGGCUCUACACGGAACGUGCCUACAGAGAUGAAAUGCUGACCACCAACGUGCCGGAAAUCCAGAGAACCAACUUAGCCAGCACUGUGCUGUCGCUCAAGGCCAUGGGCAUCAAUGACCUGCUGUCCUUUGACUUCAUGGAUGCCCCACCAAUGGAAACCUUGAUCACAGCCAUGGAGCAGCUGUACACGCUGGGGGCCCUGGACGACGAGGGCCUGCUUACUCGCCUGGGCCGCAGGAUGGCAGAGUUCCCUCUGGAGCCAAUGCUGUGCAAAAUGCUGAUCAUGUCUGUGCAUCUGGGCUGCAGUGAGGAAAUGCUGACCAUCGUGUCCAUGCUGUCUGUGCAGAAUGUCUUCUACAGGCCCAAGGAUAAACAAGCCCUCGCAGAUCAGAAGAAGGCCAAAUUCCACCAGACCGAAGGGGACCACCUCACCCUGCUGGCCGUGUACAACUCCUGGAAGAACAACAAGUUCUCCAACCCGUGGUGCUAUGAGAACUUCAUCCAGGCUCGUUCUUUGCGCCGGGCCCAGGACAUUCGUAAGCAGAUGUUAGGCAUAAUGGACAGACACAAGCUGGAUGUGGUCUCCUGUGGGAAGUCCACAGUCCGAGUGCAGAAGGCCAUCUGCAGUGGAUUCUUCCGAAACGCUGCCAAGAAAGACCCGCAGGAGGGUUACCGGACACUGAUCGACCAGCAGGUGGUCUACAUCCAUCCUUCCAGUGCUCUUUUCAACAGACAGCCGGAAUGGGUGGUGUACCACGAGCUGGUGCUGACCACGAAGGAGUACAUGCGUGAAGUCACCACCAUCGACCCCAGGUGGCUUGUGGAGUUUGCUCCUGCCUUUUUCAAGGUUUCUGACCCAACCAAGCUAAGCAAGCAGAAGAAGCAGCAGCGUCUUGAACCCUUGUACAACCGUUACGAGGAGCCUAACGCCUGGAGAAUAUCCCGGGCCUUCCGGCGGCGCUGAAAAGCAAGACUUAUCUGCCUCUCCUGCAGCAGCGGCCUGGGACUUGGACUCACUCUUAUUGAUGAGAAGCUGGUCCUGUGGAUACAGCUGUCCAGCUGCUGAAUACUUUAACUGGGUGUUUUCUAAACUUGACUCUCAUUUCUUCCCUGGUGGUAAAAUAGAAACAGGGAUUUACGCCUGGUUUGACCAGAACCUCCAGCACCCCCCACUCCAAGUCACUGGGGCCAGCUGGGCCUCAGAGCCAGCACGAGGUAUGCUGCAUCAUCUCCAAGAAAGGGGCAACUCGUGCAGCCCUAGGAUGGGAAGGGGAGGUGUGAGCAUCUGACACCUAUGCGAUGAGGGCCCUGAUGCCCUAGCUGGUGCUCUCUGGAGGAGGGAGCCACAAAGCUCAUUGAAAGUGUUGACCCCACUUCCUGCCCCUGUCCAGCCCUUGUACUUUCGCUUAACCUCCUGGAAAUAUUUAUUUUCUUAAGGAAACAAAAAUGGUUUUCUGUGGCUGUUUCUUUUAGCUGAAAAGUUAGGAUAUUGGCCUGGGCUCAGGGUGGGGAGAUUUAGUAUCUGUGGCUUCGGUGCACAUGGUGGAGAGUCCCCUGAAACCAGAGCCAGGGGCCUCUUUGGGCUGGAAAGUGACGCACAGCCCAGACCUCCAGCUUUAUCUCUCAGCACCCGCGCUAGCCUGGCUCUGCCGCGGAUCGCCCCGUGAUUAACCACAUCCACUGCACAGGCGCUCCAGUCUGGGCGCCUGAGUGGUUACAGAUGCCGCAUACUGAGGACAGAAGGCUCUCCCUGGCUCCCUCUCCCGUCCACCACGCUCACAGUGUGCAGUGUGUCCUAUUUCCUUUUGAAACAUGCAAAUAAUGACACAGCUUUUGUUUUAUUUUGUUUUUAUUUUUUUCCCCUGAGGUCCUCGAUGGGCUUUUAACAAAGGGUUUUUAUGGUCAAAGCCUCCCCUCCCCCACCCCAAACAGAAGACCAACCUAACACCUCUCAGAGCCAAUUUGUGCUCCCCAGCAUCUGUGCUCUGGGCCUCAUGCUUAGGUUUUCUCCUAGAGCGGUUGGGGAAUGGCCACCUCCUAGUGCCCCUCUCAAAGGUUCUGAGGAAGCUCCUGACUUGGAGGAACAUCAGGCAGAUGCUGCCAGGCCAGGCUGGAACCUCGCCUGGUUAUGGAGAAGCCCCUGGGGGAUUGGGCACAUCGUUAUGUUAUGGCCCACACUGCCUCCUCAUCCCCAUUCUAGUAAGUUCUGAAACGAUGUAAAUGUUAGAACUACUAUAAAAUUUUACGCCAGACACUAAAAGAGACUAUAUGACAUUCUAGGAUAUGAAGGAAGGUAGGCUGUCAUUGGGCAGCAAAGAAACCACCCUGAAGGCACAAUUCAGAGAGAAUCCAGUGGAGAGGAGUACAGGCCAGGAGUCUGCUGACUGAGGUCCCUGCCCCGUCGUUGAGCUGAGUGGGUGCCUCCAGUUCUGUUUGAGUGUGCGCCUCAGGAAGCCCAGGCCAGUAAUUGAGGUCAGCGGAUCUUUGCAUCUUAACCUUUAAGGCCUUCUGGGGAGAGAGAGUGCAGGGGCCUGCAAGAACCCAAAAGGAAGCAGGCUGGGCACCCAGCUCCCCAGUCUGUAUUCCAGUCCAGGUCUCUCUAGUUCAGGAACAAACUCUGGGUUUGGCAGCCCGCCUGUCCCAGCUGAGUGACCAGCACUGACGGCAUUGGCACCUCUGAGAUCAUUACCUCCAGGGAGGGAGGUUUGGGAUUUAAGCUGCGGUUGAGAAGAGGAUAUUUAAUAGGCCAAGGUGAGAGACAGCAGGGCUGGUCAUCUUUCUGCAUUAGGUGAGCAGAAAGAAGGACCCCAGCUCUGUGGGUGUUCCUUGAACAUCUUUCCCAAGAGCUGAGGUCACUUCUCUGCUCUGACAACAUGGCUGGGGUCUGAUCUUCUGACUCUGCGUCGGGAAAUGGCAUGUAAGCAGCAUUGCUGAGCCUGCUCAGAGGGAGAAGGGGGCUCCCAGCGAGAUUCGGAAGGACUGGCCUGCUGCUCCCACACAGUGAGGCCCUUGUUUCUCUUCCUUGAACCAAUAUUUCCCAAGAUUGAGUGACAGCCCAGGAGAGGAUGUGGGUCUCGUGCAGGAAGCUGGAAUCUUCUCGGCGCUUAAAGUAUACUGUUUACCCCAUCCCUGUAGGAGCCUAGCUCAGGAGUUUCCUGCCCCUGCACAUGUGCUUAGUCUGUGCUCCUUUGUGUGUGUGGAGGGGCACCAUCCCCAUGGGGCAUGUGUAGGCUCUACUGCUGGAUCAGGCUCCCUAGUCCCAGGUUCACCUUCAUCCAGUCAGGAGCAUGAUUUGGUUUUGGUUCUCUCCUUCAGCCCAAAGAAUUUCCUCCAGUUGUUGCUGUAGCUGUCCUCGGAGCAGUCCCCUCCAAUUUAAGGAUUUGAACCAAGAGUUAUGAGGAGUGGCUUGUUAAUGAACGUUUCAGAGGGCAGAGGUCACAGUCUCAGCCUGCGGAGACAUAUUCCAGAAUGCUGCUUUCUCUUGUAUGUACUACUCAGGGCCUCAGGGUUCCACCCGACUUUUAUACCUUCUUCCCACCGUGAUAUCCUGGAUUUCAUGUGGAAUUAAAUCAUAU